CAGGGCUACGCGUGGACGCCGCCGGACCGCUGAGACUUGAGGGACAGUGAGGCGCUGGCUCGCGUCGGGCGGGAGCCGGCGCCCCCGAGCGAGAUGGAAGCGACAGGGGACCCGAAGGCCGGCUCGGAGUAGCCCGCGGGUCACGGGGCUCGAACUUCGCCCGGUGCUGUGGGCGGACAAGGUCGCCGGGGCUACCAUGGAGGUGCCUAACGUCAAGGACUUCCAGUGGAAGCGUCUGGCGCCGUUGCCCAGUCGCCGGGUCUACUGCUCCCUGCUGGAGACCGGGGGACAGGUCUAUGCUAUCGGGGGAUGCGAUGACAACGGAAUCCCCAUGGACUGCUUCGAGGUCUACUCCCCCGAGGCCGACCAGUGGACCGCCCUGCCCCCCAUGCCCACAGCCCGGGCCGGGGUGGCCAUCACAGCCCUGGGGAAGAGGAUUAUGGUUAUUGGGGGCGUGGGCACUGAUCAGCUGCCCCUGAAGGUCGUGGAGAUGUACAAUAUUGACGAGGGCAAGUGGAAAAAAAGAAGCACGCUGCGUGAGGCUGCCAUGGGCAUUUCUGUCACGGCCAAAGAUUACCGAGUAUAUGCAGCAGGCGGGAUGGGCUUGGACCUCCGCCCACACAACCACCUCCAGCACUAUGACAUGCUCAAGGACAUGUGGGUGUCACUAGCACCCAUGCCAACCCCAAGAUAUGCUGCCACCUCCUUCCUCCGGGGCUCCAAGAUCUACGUGCUGGGGGGACGCCAGUCCAAGUAUGCAGUCAAUGCCUUCGAGGUCUUUGACAUCGAGACUCGCUCCUGGACCAAGUUUCCCAACAUCCCCUGCAAGCGGGCCUUCUCCAGCUUUGUGACCCUGGACAACCACUUGUACAGUGUAGGAGGCCUGCGACAGGGUCGACUCUACCGGCAGCCCAAGUUCCUGCGAACAAUGGAUAUGUUUGACAUGGAACAGGGGGGAUGGCUGAAGAUGGAACGCUCAUUCUUCCUCAAGAAGCGGCGGGCAGACUUUGUGGCUGGCGCUCUGAGUGGACGAGUCAUAGUAGCUGGGGGUCUUGGAAACCAGCCUACAGUCCUGGAGACAGCUGAAGCCUUCCACCCAGGGAAGAACAAAUGGGAAGUCCUCCCGGCCAUGCCCACACCCCGCUGUGCCUGCUCCAGUAUUGUCAUAAAGAACUGUCUCCUGGCCGUGGGGGGCGUCAACCAGGGUCUGAGCGAUGCGGUGGAAGCUCUAUGUGUCUCUGACUCUUAGCUGUUCAGGGCCCAUGCCUUAAAUCUAAAUUGUAUCACUACUCUUGACAUGAGGCAUGGUCUUGACAGAGCAGUUUGGGCUACUUUUCAGGCUGCCCAAUACCAGAGGAGGGGCCACUGUUGUCCUUUCCCUAGCUCUGAACUAGAUUGAGAGUCUCUUGGGAUUAAUAAUAGAGCACGGUGGGGAGGGGGUGUUCUGACCCUCUAGCUUCUUCUUUGGACUACAUCCCUCCUCCAUCUGAUGGUCAACUGUGGACCUGCCGUGGACCUCACCUGCUAAGCAAGCAUUGGAACACGAAGCCAGAGGCAGCUGCCUGCAGGAGGAAGUCAAGGGUUCAUCUGGCCAGCCAGGCCAGCAGCCUCAAAAGGAAGGACCUUGGGGUUCUUGCUGGACAUUGCUAAUGGGGAAGGGGCAGACUCUGAGCCCUGUGUCUGGUCCCCACAUCUCCCUUCUUUUUUGCCCUUUGCCACCUGUUUCACACCAGAGGCCCUGACCUUUUGUCCCCAGCAGUCCCCAGAGUGCUCCUGUGUGAAACCUUCCCAUGUACACUGUGGCAUUGAAAUCCACACAGGAUAGAUUGAUUACACUCUGGUUAAUAACAGCAGCACAAUAAUUAAACUCUAUAUUCCUAUC